GUUCGGCGGGAGGCGGGGCGGGAUGGGGUGCAGGUUGUACCCCGAGAGCGCCCUCGUUCUUCCCCUGUUAGCCUGGAGAGAAAAGAAAAGCUUUGACCUUGGAUAAACUGGAGGUCGUCUUGGUAGCCAUUAUGUCCUGUGAUUGGGGGGACAGCGUACACUCGGCAGGGCAAGCUUUUAGAAAAUUCCUUCCUCUCCUUGACCGAGUUUUGGUUGAGAGGAGUGCAGCUGAGACUGUAACCAAAGGAGGUAUCAUGCUUCCAGAAAAAUCUCAAGGAAAAGUACUCCAAGCAACGGUAGUAGCUGUUGGAUCAGGAUCUAAAGGAAAGGAUUUCUAUAAUUGGCCUGAUGAAUCCUUUGAUGAAAUGGACAGCACAUUAGCUGUUCAACAGUAUAUUCAACAGAACAUAAGGGCAGACUGUUCCAAUAUUGACAAAAUUCUUGAACCACCUGAAGGCCAAGAUGAAGGUGUAUGGAAAUAUGAACAUUUAAGGCAAUUCUGCCUGGAGCUAAAUGGACUUGCUGUUAAACUUCAGAGUGAGUGCCAUCCAGAUACAUGUACUCAGAUGACGGCAACUGAACAAUGGAUUUUUCUUUGUGCAGCUCAUAAAACUCCAAAAGAGUGUCCUGCUAUAGACUACACUAGGCACACGCUUGAUGGUGCUGCAUGUCUUCUGAAUAGCAAUAAAUAUUUCCCUAGCAGAGUUAGCAUAAAGGAGUCAUCUGUAGCCAAACUAGGAUCAGUAUGCCGUAGGAUUUACAGAAUAUUUUCACAUGCAUAUUUUCAUCAUCGGCAAAUAUUUGAUGAAUAUGAGAAUGAAACAUUUUUGUGUCACCGAUUUACUAAAUUUGUGAUGAAAUAUAAUUUGAUGUCUAAGGAUAACCUGAUUGUACCAAUUUUGGAAGAGGAAGUGCAGAAUUCAGUGUCUGGGGAAAGUGAAGCAUGAUGGGAAUCAUACAUAAAAAUGUACUGAACACAUAAUUAACAUUAAUUAUGUACUGUAUAUAUCAUUUUAGACACUUCAAUCAUGUAUCCGUAUUAUGGCUUCUUUGUUUAGUAUAGUUUUGUAUGCUGUGUGUUGCCUUUUAAAAUGGGAAAGACUUUAAGUUAUUCAUGAGCUGUAUAUUCACCAAUGUGGCACUCAUGGUUUUUAAAUAAGAUUAGUAUUAUCUGUUUAUAAUGCCUGUUAAUAAAAAGAAUUUACAAUUCUGUAAAAUUGCUGCUAAACAAUCAUUGGAUCACAAUCCUCAUCAAACAAAUCUAUCAAAAAUAGAUGAGUGAGCUUUAGGUUUCACAUAAGCCAUUUACUAAUGAAAUAGCAACAUUUCCCCUUAGUUUUGCGUCCUAAAUUUAGAAUACUCUAGGAAAUUCCACAUAAUACAGUUCAGACUAAAAUGUUAACUCAUUUUAAAAAAGCUGUUUCCAUGGUCUCCUUAUGAAUUUUGACAUACAUAUAUGAAGAUUAUUUGUAUAUCCAAAUGUAAAAGCAAGUGAGUGUUAUUAAUACUAAAAUAUUAAUCUUACUCUGCUACACAAAAUAUACUCUGGGCCAGCAUACUUGAAAGCUGUAUGUUUUCCUGAAUUUACCUUUCUGUAAUAGUGGACUAUAAGAAGUUUUGCAUACAUCAUGGUAAUGAUGCUAAGGCAAAUAAAUGCUUCUUCCAAUGAAACCCCUUUCUUUCCUACCUCUUUCCCUUGAUCCCCUCACCAAAAAAACUUCUCCAGGCUACCAUGAAUUAUUAGUAUCAAGAUGUAUAUUUAACUGUAUCUGUAUUAAUUGCCUACAGAUUAUACCUCAUAUUAACAUUCAUAUUACACUACAGGAAAAAUGUACUGGCAUAGUUUCUCUUUUUUUUUCCUUUGGUGGAAUUAUUAUAAUUAAAUAUUUGGAAAACUUUAGUCUUUAAAGUAAGUUUGAAUAUUUCUAUUAGUAAUAUUAAUCUCUUUUUCCAUCUAGACGAUAUUUAGAUAGGGAUAGAAAAGUAAUAUCGCAUUCUCCUCCCCCUUCCAAAAAAAGCUCAUAUUUGAAUUGUGUGUGCAUGUGAGAUUAUUUGCAAUAAUUCACAGGAUUCAUGAGUGCUACUUAAUAGUGUUGCACUGGUUGGACCUCUUUAAAUUGAUAUGCCUUGAGGAUAGAACUUCAAAUUUGAUAGUAUGAGUGGUAUAACUAAAUACAGUCUUUUAAAAAGCACUUUUCUUAUUUUUAUCUUAUUUUAUAGAAGCAUUAAAACAUAGGGUUUAAGAGAGUGUACAGACAGUGAAGAAAAUAUCUAAACACAGACUUGGGCAGUUUUAAGGAGAGAAAAAAUAUUUUUGAAUGUAAAAGUUAGGGUUGUUUGGAAAUAAAAGUGAAAUGCAUUCAUUUUUGUAUCACCAUUUCUUUGUAACUUGAGGCUAAACUUUAUAUAAUAUUGUUAUAAGAUGUACAAUGAGGAAAUAUGAGAUCGUAGAGAGUGUUUAUGUAGAGAUUUUUCCUUUUAAAAUCCACCUUUUGUUCAGAUGUACUUGACUGACAGUAUGUUCUAGGAGUUAGGUCAUUUUUUUAUGAAAAUAUUUUGUUCCACCUGUAGUUCUAUCUUUUAUUAUGUAUGUGAUAAAAAGAUUAGCUUUGUAGUUUUACAUUUUUUUUUAAUCUCACUACAAACCAACUAAAGUAGUAAAAUUGCUAAAUUUGGGGGGAAAGAAGUGCACUUCUAGUUAAUAAAUGUAGUAUAGCUGUUUACCUUAGCAAGGAACAUCCUAAUGAAUUUCUGUUGCUUGAUUCAUCUCUUGGUGACAGUUUUGAAUUAAGGCAGUGACUAAGAGAGGUGACCUAAUAACAUAUAUACUUAAUAUUUUCAGUAGUAUAGCUCACUGCCCUGGGGAAAUAACUAAGGCUCUUUUUCCAUUUAUUCCAUCUUUCAUAUACUGUAUGUUUGGAGUUGAUCCUAAAAAAUCGAAAUUCAAACAAAAUCCUACAAUAGUUUGUCUUGCUUUUGUAUUCAUAUUAACAUCUCAUUCAUAUAUGUUGUACUGUGAAGUUGAUUUAUUAUACUAUGUAACCUGAGUAUAAAAGACUUAAGUGAAACGGUUUCUAUUUCUUUUCUUGAUGUUGUUUACUGGAUUUAUUUUAAAAUGUAUGUGUACGUUUGGGGCAGCGUGUAGUAGAUAGAGCACUGGCCCUGGAUCGAGGAGGACCUGAGUUCAAAUCCAACCUCAGACACCUGACACUAGCUGUGUGACCCUGGGCAAGUCACUUAAGCCUCAUUGCCCAGCCAAAACAAAACAAAACAAAAAUGUAUGUGUACUUUUGAGGUACUUACUACGAGAAUUUAAUGAGCCUGGCAAACCAUUGAUUUGUAUAGUAAGUGUUUUACAAGGAAAAUUUGUGAACUUAAGGCCCUAUGUGAUAGGGAAAUUGGAUUCCAUUUUGUCUUUGAAUUAUGUUGUAAAGGUCAAGAGGUUAAAAUUAAAUUUCUCACUUUGCAUACUGGAAUAUUUAGCCAUGUGGCUUCCUUUUCUCUUUAUCUUCUGUCAUGUCUGAGAAAGUAGAUGACUUCUGAUAAUUUAUGUUUCUACAAGUGAUGAAUUCUAGUUCUGUGCAGUAUUUCUCUUUUUUCUAAUUUAAGGUGUUGAUUUUACAUGGCUAGUAAAGUUUUUCAGUUCUGUUAUAUGAGAUACACCUAAAUUCUGUUUGUUGUUCAGUCAUUUCAGUCAUGUCUGACUCUCGGUGACCCUAUUUGAAGUUUUCUUGGUAAGGAUACUGGGGUGGUUUGCCAUUUCCUUCUCCAUCUCAUUUUACAGAUGAGGAAACUGAGGCAAACAGGCUUAAGUGUCUUACUAGGGUCACACAGCUAGUAAGUGUCUGAGGCUGGAUUUGAACUCAAGUCUUCCCUGACUCCAAGCCUAGCGUUCUAUCCUCUGAGCUACUUAACUGACCUGAAUUCUGUAGAAACAACAUUAAAGCUAAUGGAAUAUUAAUUGUAAGGGUUAUUUUACCUUUGGUUUAUUAAGAGGUUUUUUUUUUUAAAGACAAUAUUGGUCCUAGUGAUACUUUGACCCACACAAAAACAGUUUUAUUCUUUCAAUUUUUCUGUGUGUUUUAGUUGAUAAGAACUAAAUGAUAGUAAUCUCUUUUCUAAAAAGUCAAAUCAGGAACCAUAACUUUUUUUUUUUUUUUUUGCGGAGCAAUGAGGGUUAAGUGACUUGCCCAGGAUAACACAGCUAGUAAGUGUCAGAUGUCUGAGGCCGGAUUUGAAGUCAGGUCCUCCUGAAUCCAGGCCCGGUGCUUUAUCCACUGUGCCACCUAGCUGCCCCCCGGAAUCAUAACUUUUUAAGGCAACCUUAUUGUUUUACCUUUACCCCCAAAUAUCUUUAAACCUGUGGGCAUAAUUAUAAUUUAGCAUUUAUUUGGUAGCUUUUCUUAAUCAGAAUUUUGCAAAUGAUUGACAUUUAAUUUGAGACCUUUGAUUAAUUGUAGAAGGGCCAGUUGGAAGGUAUAGAACUUAAAUGUUUUGUAUUUUUUGUCAUGCUUUUGCUGGAAAUAUUUAUAAAAUUUUAAGUCUAUAACUAACAGCUUUAGAAAUACUUCAGUUUUGCAACUGCUUGUUGCUCCUUCAAGCUUCUUAGUUUAUUUCUACCAUGUAGUAUAAGCUUUAUGUUAGAAAUACUAGAGUUGGCUUUCAUUUUUAGUUUGAAGCAUUUUAAUUGAUAGUUGUUUGAGUACAGCCAUAUUUGUUGCAAUACUGUUGACUAGUUCAGUGAAUUUUCUGAAACAAGUCAGGAAGAACAUCAAAUUAACUGAAUAGUCUUUAUCGAUCAGUGUCCUGGUUAUAUUGUGAACAUACAGUGCUACCAAGUAAAUCCACUAGAGGGUACUCACUCCACAAAGUGGAAACUCAUCUUUUAAAAUUUAGAGGGCCUCUUUGUGUACUUGGAACUAUGCAUCUUCCUGUAGUAUUUUAUUUUAAGUGUCUGAUGUUGUUUUUAUUUCUCCACUUGUUAUGCACAAUUUUUUAUAUCAAGUGCAAGAACAAAUAAUGGAGUUGAAUGAAUAGAAGACCAAAUUUGCUUAAGUAUUGUGAAUUUACAAAAGAUGAGCACAUAUGCUACAAUAUUAACACUAUAAUCUACAUUUCUCAGUAGUUCCAAAAUUUAUGAAAAAUGUCCAUUUUCAAAAACCAUUUCUGUUUUUUAAAACAACAUAGAAUUUUACCUUUUCUAGAUUUCUCUGAUAGAUGGUAAGAGCAUGUCAUGGCCUUCUCACAAGUAAUAUUUUCUUUUAUUUGCUGCCGUUUUUCAAGGACAAGGGUUAUAUAAGCAACUUUUACUAUAACUCAUAACUUUUGAAUUCUUUUCUUAAGUUACAGUUGUGUAACAUUUAACUUUCUAAUAACUAAUGAGGGAUUUUGGGGGGCCUUAUUUGUGACUAUUGUGUGAGAUAAUAAAGGGACUUUUAAAAUAGCAAUGACUUGUGUAUAGGAAUGCUUAUUAUCCUUCAUUUGCUGAUUUAAAGGAUUCUUCCUGUGUUGCUUUUGUUUUAUAGUUUAAUAGGAAUUAUGAAACUCUAUAAGGAAGGAAAUUCACUCACUUUUUUGCUUGGGUUUAGAUGGCAGGUAAUAGGCUCCUUGUGUUUUGAAAAUAAAAUGCUAUUUUUAUCUCCCUUCUUCAUCCCUAUUAAUCUACCUUUUAAAAUUUGAGGUCAUUUUCAUAUAUGAUAAAAAAUUAGUCUUCCUUUGAUUUUUUUUUUAGUGAGGCAAUUGGGGUUAAGUGACUUGCCCAGGGUCACAUAGCUAGUAAGUGUUAAGUGUCUGAGGCCGGAUUUGAACUCAGGUACUCCUGACUCCAGGGCCGGUGCUCUAUCCACUGCGCCAUCUAGCUGCCCCCCUUCCUUUGAUUUUGAAAAAUAUUUCUGACUAUUCUUGGAUUUGGUAACUUUUGGGGGGGGGUAAUAAAACUAAUUUGUAAAGCACAUCUUUAUAGAAACACAUAAAAAUUAUAAUAAUGGAUGCACAUUGUGCCUGAUGUCUUGUAGGUAUUGAACUGGUAAUCAUACCUACCCAAGUUCUAAGGAGUUAGCAUUAGCCCCCAUGCUGGUGCUGAUAUCUUGAGCCAUGGGAGCAUCCUGGAGGCUAAACUGCUGUUGCCAUCUUUUUUGCCUCUUUCUCCUAGUUGCUGCUUUGACAGAGGGAUUUCCCCUAUCACCUUCCUUCUGUCAAAUCUGUGUUUAAUCUAAAUCCUCCCUGUUCCAGUUAAUAAAAAUAAUUUCAUUGGUGUAAGAAACUCCCAUUGAGGAGACUGCUGUUGUACCAGUGCAAAUGAUUCAUUGCUCUGCAACUCAUAGUCUUGGUAGGUCUCUGGGUUAAUUCAUUUUCUCAGUCACACAGUGAGUCUACGAGAGGCAGGACUUAAACUCAGGUCUUCUCUUUAUUUCUAGCCACAGCAUCUCUCUGCCUCUUUUUGUUCUAUUACUGGUGAAGAUCAAGAACAGUUGAUUACCUUGCUUUAUAUGGGUACCAUUAAUUCAUAUACUUGAAGAUCAUUAUUAAAUCACCCCCUUCUGUCUACCCCCACUGAAUAAUACUAG